UGAGUUUGAAUAUAUUUAGUAUGACGAAGAUGUAAAUAUAGAAAUUAGAAUCAUAUAUUGGAAAUUUUAUUUAACUGAUAUAAUUUUAACUUGGGAUACCAGUAUGAUCAGUUUGAGACUUAAUGUAAAGUUUAAAUGCGGGAGAACAAUCAACUAUGAAAGCAAAACCUUCAGUUCUGGUACAAAUACUGCUGGUCACAUCCGUUGUGAUAGAUGAGGGCAUGAAUUAUCAGUUUUGUGUAGACCUUCCAGACAGUGCAAAACCUGAGGUUGAUGCCUGCAUUGAAAGGUCCAGGAAAACACCAGUAAUUCCUUCGCAGGCUGAACUUGCGUGUGUUCAUGAUUACUUUACAAAGCUUGAACCUAACAAUUUAACAGAAGAAGAUUUGGAAGUUUUCAGUAAACCAUCGCAAAACGGAUUUGGACAUUAUCCGCCGCCAACUGGAAAAAGCACUCGGUCGGAAAUCAGAACUUUAUCGGAGGAGGGAUGGCACAAUGUUACAGAUGUGUUCAGACAACUUUACGAGGCGGGAACACUCCAGUCAUUCGGCCGAUUACACGGACAAGCACGUUCGAUGGCUCACAAGGGUGCUGCAUUCCUACCUUGGCACAGGGUUUUUCUUGUUCAUUUUGAGCAAGAGAUGAGGAGAAUAAACCCUAGUGUAUCCUUACCAUAUUGGGAUUAUACCAUUGAUCACGACAUCCCACAACCUUUUGAGUCCGUCCUGUGGACUCCUUGUUAUUUUGGAGAGAAUAACGCCACUGUACAGACGGGCCCGUUUAGGUUUUUCUAUGGGGCACAUGGAGCUGUCAUCUCAAGAGAUGUAGCGGUAAACGUCCGCUCUACCAGGCUUAUAAGCAAAACGGAUAUAAAGACAUUAAAAGAAUUUUGCCAUUUUCAAGAUAUAACCACCAGUGGAGCUGUCAAGACAAAAAGCAAGCAUAAUCUGGAACAACUUCACGAUAGUGUCCAUGACUAUGUUGGAGGAGACAUGGGUGUGGUAGAAAACUCGGCAUAUGACCCAGUAUUUUGGUUUCACCAUGCCUUUAUUGACUAUAUAUGGGAAACAUUUAGAGAACAUCAAAUUGAAAGAUGCAGCAACAUUGAUAUAGAGUCUGAUUAUAGACCACUGACAGACUUGGGUAUGAAAGAAGUUCGUCAGCAAGGACCUCUUGAUCCCAUGUUCGGUUACAAACAUCUGAGAAACGUCGAUGGACUUUGGUUAAACUGGACACAACAGUUUUAUAAGUAUGAACCUCAACCUUCAUGUGGCAAGUCUUGCACAGGGAAAUACUUGCAUUGUGAUCGUAGAAACUUAUGUUUAACCCGCACAAAAGAGGAAUGUACAGGUACAAAGCAACAGUCAGCUCGAGUUUUGCGUGAAGAUCCAGAUGUUGAUUCGCUAAUACCGAAACUUCCUUGUGGAACAGGAACAGAACUAAGAGGACUCAGAGGUGAUGGUAGAACAAGAGAUAAAUCUAAGGCUGAAUGCGAGCGUAUUUUGAAGAAACGGGAAGUCGAGGACACUAGCGACAAUAAAGGUACUAGCAGCAACGAUGGUUGGAAUAACUUUGGAUUCGUCAUGUUAGGGGCGUUUGUAGUACUUGUGGUAGCUUUGAUAGAUUGUAUUGGUUGCCUCAAGCGAAAUGACAAGCCAUACUCGACGCUCUGACUUCAGACAAGUUGUUGAGUAUAUUGGUGAUAUUAUGUCUUGGAUUGACCCAGAUUUUAUGUUUAUAUUAUGUUUUUUGAUAUGAUCUUGUAUUUUGUCACUUAUGUAAGAGCGCGGAGUGAUUUUAUCUACAUUUUGUUGUCAAACUCGUUGACGAGUACGAGGUUGGCAUGCCUACAUGCGUUUAAACCCCCAGUUUCCUAUAUAUAGGUUACUGACCUUUUCAAGGCGGUGCUCCUAUUUUCAACUUGUUGCGUAUGUUUUGUUUGUUGUAAGCGUUUCUUUUCCCUUUCUCCUCAAUACCACAUCGUCCUCUCCCAUCAUUUUUCUUUGCAUUAGCGCUUUAGUACUUUUGCACCACCUAUACUUUUUUCAUGAGUAAGUUAUCGUGUCUACUUAAAUUCUGGCUGCCCUUCGUCGUUAGGCGGAUGUUCACACGAAAAUUAAAACUGGUUAGACAGAAAAACAGUCGAACAAUUCUUUAUCUUGAAAACUUGAUUAAAACAGGAGUUUUACUAAAUUAAUCAUGAACACGACACAAGCGACAGGACAAAAUGAGAUUAUCUGAGCUGUAAAUUUUCUGUACAAUAAAGAAAGAAUGGAUUAAGUGUUUCCAGUGCAACGUAUAAGAUAAGUGAGAUUUAGUGUACAGCCAGUCAUAACUUCAUAUUGGUCUGUUAUUCAUCUUUCGUUUUAGGUAUGACAAUAAAUGUACAAAAAAUAUUACAUUCACCGUGAAACUAUUUUUAGCCUAGAAAUAAAAUUCUGCUUGGAGAUGAAACACAGCGGUUGCUAACAUUUUACAAAUAAGUUUACCUGAACUUAUUAAAUACCCACGUAAAUGUUUCCUGAACUUAUUAAAUACCCAUGUAAAUGUUUCCUGAACAUAUUAAAAUACCCAUAUAUUUCCUGAAUUUAUUAAAAUACCCAUGUAAAUGUUUCCUGAACUUAUUAAAAUACCCAUGUAAAUGUUUCCUGAACUUAUUAAAAUACACAUGUAAAUGUUUUCUGAACCUAUUUAAAUACCCAUGUAAAUGUUUCACGAACUUAUUAAGAUACACAUGUUAAUGUUUCCUGAACUUAUUAAAAUACCCAUGUAAAUGUUUUCUGAACGUAUUAAAUACCCAGGUAAAUGUUUCCUGAACUUAUUAAGAUACCAAGGUAAAUGUUUCCUGAACUCAUUAAAAUACCCACGUAAAUGUUUCCAGAACUUAUUAAAAUACCCAUGUAAAUGUUUCCUGAACUUAUUAAAAUACCCAUGUAAAUUUUUCCUGAACUUAUUAAAAUACCCAUGUAAAUGUUUCCUGAACGUAUAAAAAUAACCAGGUAAAUGUUUCAAGAAUUUAUUAAAAUACCCAUAUAAAUGUUUCCUGAACUUAUUUAAAUACCCAUGUAAAUGUUUCCUGAACUUAUUAAAAUAAACAGGGAAAUGUUUCCUGAACUUAUUAAAUACCCACGUAAAUGUUUCCUGAACUUAUUAAAUACCCAUGUAAAUGUUUCCUGAACAUAUUAAAAUACCCAUAUAUUUCUUGAAUUUAUUAAAAUACCCAUGUAAAUGUUUCCAGAACUUAUUAAAAUAUCCACGUAAAUGUUUCCUGAACUUAUUAAAAUACACAUGUAAAUGUUUCCUGAACCUGUUUAAAUACCCAUGUAAAUGUUUCACGACCUUAUUAAGAUACCCAUGUAAAUGUUUUCUGAACGUAUUAAGAUACCCAGGUAAAUGUUUCCUGAACUUAUUAAGAUACCAAGGUAAAUGUUUCCUGAACUCAUUAAAAUACCCGUGUAAAUGUUUCCUGAACUUAUUAAAAUACCCAUGUAAAUUUUUCCUGAACUUAUUAAAAUACCCAUGUAAAUGUUUCCUGAACGUAUAAAAAUAACCAGGUAAAUGUUUCAAGAAUUUAUUAAAAUACCCAUAUAAAUGUUUCCUGAACUUAUUAAAAUACCCAUGUAAAUGUUUCCUGAACUUAUUAAAAUAAACAGGGAAAUGUUUCCUGAACUUAUUAAAAUAACUACGUAAAUGUUUCUUGAACUUAUUAAAAUACCCAUGUAAAUGUUUCAUGAACUUAUUAAAAUAACCAGGUAAGUGUUUCCUGAACUUAUUAAGAUACCCAGGUAAAUGUUUCCUGAACCUAUUAAGAUAACUAGGUAUAUGUUUCUUGAACUUAUUAAAAUACCCAUGUAAAUAUUUCCUGAACUUAUUAAAAUAACCAGGUAAAUAUUUCCUGAACGUAUUAAGAUACCCAGGUAAAUCUUUCCUGAACCUAUUAAGAUACCCACGUAAAUGUUUCCAGAACUUAUUAAAAUACCCAUGUAAAUGUUUCCUGAACUUAUUAAAAUACCCACGUAAAUGUUUCCUAAACGUAUUAAAAUAACCAGGUGAAUGUUUCCUGAACUUAUUAAAAUGUCCAUGUAAAUGUUUCCUGAACUUAAAAAUAACCAGGUAAAUGUUUCUUGAACUUAUUAAAAUACCCACGUAAAUGUUUCCUGAACCUAUUAAAAUAUCCAGGUAAAUGUUUCCUGAACUUAUUUAUUAAAAUAACCAGGUAAAUGUUUCCUGAACGUAUUAAAAUAACCAGGUGAAUGUUUCCUCAGCUUAUUAAAAUACCCACGUAAAUGUUUUCAGAACUUAUUGAAAUAUCCAAGUAAAUGUUUCCUGAACUUAUUAAAAUAACCAGGUAAAUGUUUCCUGAACUUAUUAAAACAACCAGGUAAAUGUUUCCUGAUCUUAUUAAAACAACCAGGUAAAUGUUUCCAGAACUUAUUAAAAUACCCACGUAAAUGUUUCCAGAACUUAUUAAAAUACCCAUGUAAAUGUUUCCUGAACGUAUUAAAAUAAGCAGGUAAAUGUUUCCAGAACUUAUUAAAAUACCCAUGUAAAUGUUUCCUGAACUUAUUAAAAUACCGAUGUAAAAGUUUCCUGAACUUAUUAAAAUAACCAGGUAAAGGUUUCCUGAACUUAUUAAAAUAUCCAUGUAAAUGUUUCCUGAACUUAUUAAAAUACCCAGGUAAAUGUUUCCUGAACUUAUUAGGAUAACCAGGUAAAUGUUUCCUGAACUUAGUAAAAUUGCCAGGUAAAUCUUUCCUGAACUUAUUUAAAAAAACAGGUAAAUGUUUCCUGAACUAAUUAAAAUACACACGUAAAUGUUUCCUGAACUUGUUAAAAUAACCAGGUAAAUGUUUCCUGAACUUAUUAAAAUACCCAUGUGAAUGUUUCUUGAACUUAUUAAAAUAAGCAGGUAAAUGUUUCCUGAACUUAUUAAAAUACCCACGUAAAUGUUUCCUGAACUCAUUAAAAUAACCAGGUAAAUGUUUCCUGAACUUAUUAAAAUACCCAUGUAAAUGUUUCCUCGUGAUUUUUCAGAGUCAGACUAUGUUUUAAAAUGUCAAGUCAGUAAAUCAGAAACGUAAAGUAUUGAUACUGUGACUUUCGCUUCCAUUUGCAAAACUUAGCCCAACGCUAUGCAUUAGGUCAACGUAGCGGACCAGUAAUGGCAUUUUCCGGGGCGAUUUCAAAUUUACUUUAUCCUACUUUGGCAUUCUUCGGCGAUCACUUAUGCAAGGAUUUCCGCAAUUUUGUCAAGAAAUCCCGAAAUUUUUCUUUCGGAGAAUAUGUAAUCAAACAGGAAAUUGUUGAUUGCCAUUACGUCAUGAAAAAGUAUAUACAAUAAGAGAGAAUCUACCAAAAACACACAGCAAGAUAUUGAUUUCAACUUUAAAUUGGAUUUACCGAGUAAGAAGAUUAUAAGACAGAGGGUGAGUCUAAUGAACGCAAAUAUCUGCGCAUUCAGAAGAAGAUUGAUAUAUGUAACAUACUAAAAAUUAAGGACAAUGUAUGUUAAUGAUAGCAUCAAAUUUCAUUGUUCAAAUAAUGAAUUUUUUAAAUGUCCAUGAUGCAUUGCAAGAACAAAGCUAGAUCUUAUCAUGUUAUAUUAACUUAAACAUCAGCUUGUAGUUUAACAGCAAAUAUCAUGGAUUUACAUUUCGUCAAGACCUUAUUCAAAAAGUUACUUUUCUAAACAUUUAGCAAUAAAUUUAACUUAAUAAACUUUUUCCUGUUAUUUUAUAAAUGACAUUGAGAAUAUAUGUAAUAAUCGACAAUGGAUUAAGUCAAAAUCGUGUCACGUAAACAGUAUAGUCGUUGAAAUUUACAAUCGAAAGAGUUUUUAUGGCAAAUAGGCAAAAUACCUUAAACACCGCUAGAUUCUAUUUCGACUUUUUGUAGAUUUUUAUAAUUUAAUACAAACAUUUCUGUGACCAGGUUUAUCACCACAUGAUGUUUAGGAUGAAUAUACAAACUGUAUAUUCCGGGUCAUAGAAAUUUUCAGUGUAUAAUAUUAUUCGGGUUUUGGGCGACAAUAACUUUUAUUUACACUUUCAUGUAAGUUAAUUCAGCUCGGGUUCGUGUUCUUAACUCGCCUUAGUAUUUUUCCACUGACUGUUAAAAUAAGUGCUACGAGCUGUUGUGUCUUGCCACUGAAAUUUCGCUACAAGAUGGUGCGCCAAACAAUCGUAUUUUGCAACUGGAGCGUACGAGGCAAGACGGUGCGCCGAGCUGUCAAACUGUCAUAUCUUGUCUCUGGCCGGACCAGAAAUACCUUGAAAGUUUACAGGAUUAUUAAAUUCCUCCAACAGAGGGUCUGACCGAUGGGGGGUCUGGAAACGGUCUGUCCAAGGGGGCCUUUUGGGCAAAAAUGCCUUCCAUAGGAAUUUUGCUUCCAUAGUCUUGUCCAGGGGGUCUGUUCAAGGGUGGGUCUUGAAACGGUUUGUCCAAAGGGGUCUUUUCUGGCAUGAAUGCCUUCCAUAGUCUUGUCCAGGGGAGUCUGUCCGAGGGGGGUUUGGAAAUGGUUCAGAAGCAUGAAGUUUGGUAUUGCUGGACACAAACUUGGAAAAACCGUUUCCAGAACCCCCUCGGACAGACCCCCUGGACAAGACUAUGGAAGGCAUUUUGUCCUCAAAAAACACCCCUUUGGAUAAACUGUUUCCAGAACCCCCUCGGACAAGACUAUGGAAGGCAUUUUUGUCCAAAAAGACUCCCUUGGACAAACUGUUUCCAGAACCCCCCUUGGACAAAACCCAAUCCCUGAACAAGACUAUGAGAUGCAUUUUUGCCCGAAAAGGCCCUUUGACAAACCGUUUCCAGAACACCCCCCGCCUUUUUUUUUUUUUUUUUUGGAUAGACCCUGCCCCCGGACAACUGUCAGGAAAUACCACCCUUGGACAAACAAAUGUGCUUUCGAUAUGGGGGGGUUCAGAUAUUAUCUGGAAUAGACAAUUUACCAGUGUCGAGGCAGGUUAUCAUCCCACUCAAAAUAUCCACUACAUCGUAAUAAAUUUACCACUACAUAACAAAGUUUGCAAAAGAUAUAAUUACUUCAUUACAAAAUAUAAGACAGUAUUGACAGAAUAUAAUAAAAUAUUUAACCACAUAAUAUAAUUAAAGAUGCACAAAAUGUAAUGAUAAAAGCACAUGAUGAAAAUAAUAUAUGAAAUGAUAUAAUAUAGAAUGGACACAAUGUAAUUAAGCAUGGACAUAAUAUAAUAAAGAAUGUACAUAAUAUAAUAACAUCUACAUAAUAUUGUAACGCCUCGAACAAUGGGGACUUACCAAUUUCUUGUAAUUAUGAGCAGUCAUUGAUCUUGGCUAUGUUUUGAACUGUUUCAGUGACGUUUUCUUGCAAGCUGACAGUAACGAAACACAGAAUUGUACACAUAUGUGUUCAUCUACAUAAUAUGACAGACCAAACUCAUAUUGUACACCUCCAUGUUCGUUUUAAUCUUAUCCGAACUCUGUUUACAUUUACCGAGAGACAUCCGUUUCGGCUGGUACACAUUUAAUCCAGAUUUUGUAACAUUUUCCCACAUGUGAAUCACUAUAGACUUUGCAAAAUUAACCUACAGUAUUUAAUUGUUUGUUAAAGAUAAGUGUCAUCCUUUUGUACAGUCUGAAUUUCGGAUAAAUCACAGUAUUUUCAUGAUAACUCACUGAAUUUGUCACAUUUCCUGACAGGAUAUGCAUCCUUAUUCGCAUAUUUACUGUUACUAAGCAACAUAAAUUAUCGUUGUCAUCUUCAAAGAUGUUUAAAACACUUAAACAUGUUAGAGUUAACCCAGUGGUGUACAUUUUGAUGUUAUUUUCAUGUAAACAUUUCAUAAAAUCGCCAUUUUUAUGAUACGGCAGUAUUCAGCAUAGAGUUUAACGUUUUAGGUCACUGUGACCAAUUGGUCACUGUGAACCGUCGGUCACUGUGACCCGUCGGUCACUAACCAUUUGGUCAAUUUACCCAAAGUAACCCAUUUUGACUGUUUUGGUAACUUUUUUGGGUCACUUUCUCUGGAAAACUAUAAAAAGGCCCGAUUUUGGCCAUCUGCAAUCACUUCAGCUCAAGCUUUCAGACCCAAAACCACGUUUGGCUUGUUUAAAUAGAUUUUUAUUAAAAUGAACACUAUACUGAACAUAGAUGUAAGAAAGUUGCUCUGCAAUCGGAAUUUAUAUUAGUUAAAAGCCAUAGGUCUAUAAAAGCCCCUUUUGAUACGACAUUUAGUAAUAUUUCUACAAGUUUUAUUUACACAGAUGUAUUUACAUAUUCAUUCCUUGUUUACAGUAAAGACAAUUAAUGGAUUUGUCUAAAGUACUGAGAAUAUAAGUGACUAUACUUUUAUAGAAGGAAUUUCUGUUGCUGAACGUUUUUAUUUCCGUGUCAAUAUUUACAACUUAUGGAACGCCAGAUCAGUCAUAAAUAGAUUAAUCCGAAAGGAGAUGUGUACUGAAUCUUGCAUUUUUGUGCCUUUAAUAGUGCGCAGUAUUGUUUUGUAAAACAGUUUUAAAGUUCAUUGUAACCCGCUUCGCUACCUGUAAACUAUGGAAAGCCGGAACAGUCAUAAUCUUAUUUGAUAAGUUUGUACUUAUACUGACAGAAUUUAACCAUCAAUAGAUGAAUACGUUUAUUAUCAAGAAGACUUUGUGAUUACAUUUGAUAUCAGUUAGAGGUGUUUGUUUAAUGUGUUGACUUCACCUGUAUUUUCUGGAGUAUGAUAUAUUAACAUUAAUAAAUAUCAUUAACUGUUA